GUAGUAUACACUUGACGAUCAACGGUGACAAUGGCAGCCGUACUUGGAAGGGUUCUCGUUUACGGCGGCAAGGGUGCCCUGGGCUCCGUUUGCGUCGAGACGUUCAAAGCAAAAAACUGGUGGGUUGGAUCAAUUGAUAUGAGCCAAAGUGAAAAAGCGGAUGCUAAUAUUAUUGUGAAUGUUCAACAAAAUUGGCUUGAACAGGAAGAAAGUAUUUUGAGUCAAGUUAAAGAAAUUCUUGGAGAAAAUAAACUUGAUGGAGUUAUUUGCGUUGCUGGCGGAUGGCAAGGUGGUAAUGCUUCCCACAAAGACUAUGUUAAGAGCUGUGACAUGAUGUGGAAGCAAAGUGUUUGGAGUUCAGUUAUUGCUUCAAAAAUUGCAGCCCAUUAUCUCAGAGAAGGUGGUUUCUUAUCAUUAACUGGUGCCAAGGCAGCACUGGAGGCAACUCCAGGAAUGAUUGGCUAUGGAUUAGCCAAAGCAGCAGUUCAUCAACUGACCAAAUCACUAGCAGCAGAAGGUGGUGGUCUUCCAGCUCAAUCUCUAGUAGCCAGUAUCUUACCAGUCACUCUAGAUACUCCUAUGAAUCGUAAAUGGAUGCCAAAAGCUGACACCUCCACUUGGACUCCAUUAGAAUUUAUUUCAGGUCUCUUUUGGAAAUGGUCCCAGAAUGAAGAGAGACCAGCAAAUGGAAGUCUCCUUCAGCUUGUUACGAAAGAUAACAAGACAGAAAUCAUUCCAGCUGAAAUUUCUUAUUAAUAAGGAAAAAACAUCCAAUAAGUAUAAGGAAUCGUUAUGAGUCACAUUGUUUACAUUUUAACAUUAAUUUUUAAAUAUUGAUAUUGAAUUCAUUACACAUUGAUUUGUUUUAUUUAUAAUGUUUGAUGCAUUAUUUAUACAGCUGCAUUUACAUAUAUAUAAGAAAAAAGCAACACAUGUAAAUACGAUUUGUUCUUUGAGAUAAGAUCUGGUUACAGCCAUACCAGUUUUUAUAUACUGUUGUUGUAAAUUAUAUACUGUAAAAUAAAUCAUUGUCAUUACAUUAUGAGACGUUAGAUUUUUUUAAAUUCUCCUCGGCUGGAUUCGAGU